GGGAUGAGAACGCUGCGUUUUGUUCCUCCCUAAUCUCUAGACCCUUUUCUAUUCACACAGUGCCAGCACUCCUCUCAGCCCAAACUCCUCCUCCCGUUCCUCCUCUAAACGACGACGUAUCGACUCUCUUCUUCUCUCUCGUUUAUCGGAAAAACCAGGCUGAUUUGAGCUAAAUGGAUAGUGAUUCUCAAAAGGAAUCAUUAGAAAAAAGCGACAAUGAUGAAAUUUUCGGAGAAAUUGAUGAACUGAGGGUAGGAAUGGAGGUUAGUGAUGAAGCUGAGGCGUACCAGCUAUGCAACACCUAUGCCUUCAACAAAGGUUUUAGUAUUCGGAAAGGUCAUCUUCGGAGAGAUUCGCAGAACAAUGUCCGGCAGAGAGAAUACACGUGCUCGAAAGAAGGGUUUCAAGUAGAUGAAGACUUGUGUGAAGCGAGAAAAGUUCGAAGAUUGGACACAAGGACAGGUUGCAAGGCUGUGAUUCGGUUCAAUGUGGAAAAUGGUGUAUGGAAGCUCUCGUACAUUAAUCCAAUUCAUAAUCACGAGUUUGCUAGGCCUGAAGAGCGACAGUUUCUGAGGUCGGGGAGAAAUAUACCAAGUGUUCGUGCAACUAUACUUGGCAGCUCUAAGGUUGAUGGGAGUAUACGACCACCAAAGUUGCAAUCAUAUUUGGGAAAGGAAUUUGGAAGUGCUGAGAAUGUCGGGGUUAGUAAUAAAGAUUCGCAUAAUUGUUUGCAAAGGGGGAAGGAUGAAUUGAUUGCAGGGGAUGGACAAAGCUUGAUAAACUAUUUUAAGCAUAAACAGAUGGAGGAUCCGAGUUUUUUCUACAGUGUACAGGUGGAUCAGUUUAAUCGGAUCACAAAUUAUUUUUGGAGAGACGGUAGAUCAAAGUUGGAUUAUGAUUGUUUUGCAGACGUUGUAUGCUUUGACACUACGUUUCAAACCAACAACAAUCUAAUUUGUGCUCCAUUUUUGGGAGUUAAUCACCACUGGAAGAAUAUCUCAUUUGGUUGUGCAUUUUUAUUGGACGAGAGCACUGCCUCAUUUAUGUGGUUGUUUGAAACAUUUUUGGAGUCAAUGGGAAAUAAACAGCCAGUAACCAUUUUCACAGAUGAGAAUAAAGCAAUGGAAAAGGCAAGGGCAAUUGAGAUUGUGUUUCCAGAGACACGCCAUCUGUUAUGCAAUUGGCAAAUCUCCAAGAAUGCUACACAACAUCUUGGUAGUCUUUAUGCUGAUCCUGAAUUCAAGAAGCACUUCUACAAAUGCUUUUACGAUUGUUUUACUGAACAAGAACUUCAACAUGCCUGGGAUGACAUGAUUAAAAUGUUCAACCUUGAAAGCAACUCGUGGCUAAAGAUGUUGUAUUCACUUCGAGAUAAAUGGUGUCCAGCAUUUAGCUCAGAUGCUUUCUCAGCAAAUAUUGGAUCAAGCCAGAGGGGUGAGAAUACGAACACCAUUUUCCAUCAAGUUUCCAGAAAAAUAGUGGAUCUUGUUAGUUUUGUACAGCACUACGAGCAAAAAAUAAAAAAGAUGCGGUUCACAGAGUUGGAAGAGGAUUUUCGUUGUAAAAAUGCGAAGCCUCGUCUUAGAGUAAAUAGUAGUAUAUUUAAGCAUGCAGCUACUGAGUACACUGUCAAAAUGUAUUCAUUCUUUGAAGAUGAGCUUAUGAGCAUUUUUGGGGUGAGGAUGGUGGAAGUUGGUAAUGACGGCAACCAAUAUAUUUAUGAAGCAAUCGAAGAAGGUCAUCAAAGAGUCUUCAUGAUUCGGUACAACUCUACUACAUCCACAGUUUCUUGUUCUUGUAAGUUAUUUGAAUCGAUGGGCUUGUUGUGUCGUCAUGCCCUCAAAGUGUUGGAUUCUAAAAACUUCACAAGCAUACCGACACAAUACAUAGUGAAGAGAUGGACUAGAGAGGCAAAAAAAGGGAUUGUGGCGAGUAAUAAGUUCAGUAAGUCAUCAGAUAGAAAGGCCAACUCUGCUCAAUCGUUGCGCCUAAGUGAGUUAAUGCAUGAAGGAACGAAUGUUUUCAGUAUAGGCUCAUUGUGUGAUUCGGGAAAAAGGAUUGUCAAACAAAAGUUAGCGGAGACCAUAAAGUUGCUGGAAAGUGACGAGGAAACUACCUACAUGCUAGGAAAUUUGAGCAAAGUAGAUGACCAAUCUGUUCGCGAUAUGUCUCUUGAUAAUGGGAGUGUGGAAUCCCCCGGUUGUGACAGCUAAAGGACAAGUCUCCUAGAUUGAAAAAAAAAUUGCACUUCAUUGCAUAAGAUGUUCAGAAUGAAAGGUUAGAUUCUUAUUUUUCUUCUUUUGUAGAAGCCAACAUUGUACAUCGUUUUCUUUUUCUAGUGUCGGUUCAUUGAUGUUAGAUGUAUCCGGUUAUUAUAUUUGUUGUCAAUACUGGAGUUUGAAAUCUAUAAUUUAUCUCGGUUAAUCUUUAUAUACUUUGUAUCGCCGUUAAGUGCUAUAGUACAUUAAUAUUAAUGGAUUUUACUGAUCUGAA